AUGAAGAAAAGGUCAGGAAAACAAGAGGAGGAGAGUUUGAAAAUGGGAGAUGAUAAACAAGGAAGUAGCAUCAACAGUUUACCAGACUCUAUUCUUCUUCACAUUCUCUCCUUUCUGGAGACGAAAUACGUUGUGACAACCUGUGUUUUGUCGAAACGAUGGAAGAAUCUUUGGGUCUCUGUUCCCAAUCUCAUUUUCUCAGAAUCCAAGGUAAUAUCGAAAUCUAGUCUCCGAAAUUUCAUGGAUUGCGUCGAUAGAGUACUCUUCCUUCGCGAUUCACCAACUAUUCAAAAGUUCAGUCUCACUUAUAAGCGUGAAUGGCAGGGACGUCCUCUCGAUUCAGACCGUCUCAAUUCAUGGUUAUGUGCUGUAGUUAAAUUUCACGUUGAACAGCUUAUUAUUGAUAUUAGUUCGGAUGAUGUGUUUCCUAACUUGCCUCCAACCCUCUUUACUUGCAAGUCCCUUGUUGAAUCACACCUCAAAGACCAACUUUGUAUCGAUUUUCCGAGCUAUGUGAACCUUCCAAAUCUAAAGACCCUGGAAAUUUCUAUUGUUGAUCCGGGAGAUAGCUUAAAUGAUGGAUUCUUUCGUGGGUUCCCCGAGGAUGAACAUUCUCCCUAUGUUGUCAAUGUUAAGGUUGUGAUAGAUGCACCAGUUCUUGAGUGUCUUGUUAUUGAUGAUGAUUGUGGGGCAUGGCAUUCGAUAAAGAAUCGAUCCUCUUCUCUGGUGAGAGCACAAAUUGAUGUUCGGCUAGACAAUUUCCCGGAAGACAUGCAACCUGAUCGUGCCAAUGGUGUACUUGAGCUUUUUAAAGGAAUAUCUAAUGUUAAAUAUCUAUGCAUUGAUGGUAAUGCCUUGUUUACAUUUUGCAAUGUGACACAUUCGAUAUUGAGUUUUGAUUAUUUGUCAAAGCUGCCAGAAGUACUUCAAAGCUUGCCUAAACUUGAAUCUUUGGACGUGUGUGUGUGGGCAGGAAAAAAUUUGGAAGCGGCAGGUAUUGAUUUGAGUGACCAAGACACUCGUUUGAGUGAGGCGUUGAAACUGAUGGAAUCACACGUAGUGCCUAGUUGUUUGCUAUCACACUUGAGAGUAAUUGAAGUAGGCGCGUUUGUGGGUAAGAAUGAUGAGCUGCAGCUGGUGAAGUAUUUGUUGAAGAACUCCAAAGUGUUGAGUAAGAUGACAAUUGGUUUUCUGUGUGAUGUAGCCAUCAAAGAUAAGAAAAUUCUUGAGAGAAAAAUAUUAAGAUUUCCUAGAGGUUCAAAGACAUGCAAUUUUCAGUUUCUUUAA